AUGAGGCUGUUAGGCUCAUCCAAGGCCUCUUCCGUGCAAAGCGAGCUCGAUACGUCGGAACUCAUCAAGGCGAACUACGUGAAGGAAAUCGACUCUCUCUCGGGAGAACCCAUAUACAGGAACAGGCGCACUGGCUAUAUUAGCCGCCGGAAGCCAGUGUUUCUCGGCAACGAUGACCUGGAAACGCCGCGGUAUUUCGCCGCGUUGGACAACUACGAUCCGGGAAAAUCGGCCAUACCACAGUUCGCCGUGAUCAUCACCAACCAGGAGUUUGAGUCCCCAAAGAUCCCCACCAUCCCAGAGCAGGUGCUUGCUGACCAUGACGCUCUCCGAGAAACUCUGGAGCACCCUUACUUCUCCAAGUUUCAAUCGGAGAACUGCUUCUUCGUCAAAAACGCCACGUCAGAGGUAAUGACGGCAAGUUUGGCAUCGGUGCAACGUCAGAUCUCCUCGACCAUGGCGAGGCUCAAGAAGGAAUCCGAGAAGAGAGCCAAGGCCCUGCGAAAGGAACGCGAGGCGCGGGCGUUGGAGCGGAGAAACGCCCGGCGAGCCGAGAACACGGAGGACGAAGGCGGCGGUGGCGUGUCGAACGUCGCCCACCUUCGCGAGGAAGGAGAGAGGCAGGACGGAAACAAGGGCCAAGAAGACGUGGACUCAGAAGAAGAGGACGGAGACGAGGAAGAGGAAGAGGAGGAGGAGGAGUUCGACCCAGAAGAGGGAUUGCUCCUGGUGUACGUGUGCACUCAUGUGGCGGUGAUAUCCAAGGGAAAGGGAGUCGCCGGGACGUACUUGGUCGCCACGGACACUAGCUGGAAAAGCAGGGAGCAGCUCGCUACUUCCGCCGUCCUGCUCCAGACCUUCGCCGCAGCCAUAGACCGUAUACAGCUUCGACACAAGGUACUGUUCCUCGACGUGGUUCACACGGAGCGGAAGCACGAGGGCUUCAAAACGCGUCACCUUUACCCCCCUCGGAACCUCUACGACAGCGCGGCGGUGCUUUGCGGCGCCGUGGUGGUCGGGUCCUGCCGAAUCGGGCAGACGAGCGAGGUAGACUUGGACGUUCUCCGUGGAGAGGCGGCCGACUUCUGGGCUGCUGUCGAGCCUAGACACAACCGCGGUGGUAAGAACAAGGCCAGAGCCCGGAAGGGCGCACUGGCUUCAGGCGGCGGAAGCGGCAUGGCCAAGGGUCAGCAGCACGAAGAGGGCGGCAUGCGAGCCUGCGCGGCGGUGUACGACAGGGCGAACUACGAGGACAUCAUGAGCGUCUUCGGCCGUGCGGUUCGCGACGGUCUCAAGGGGCAAUGCGUCGAGAACACCAAGCUCUCGCGCGUGCUCGUGGUGCACCUGUACGACUUCAUCCGGCGAGAGUUUUCGCCUUUCGCGCACCCGCGGUUGUCGGUAGCCCAGGAGGAGGCGGAAGCGGCGGGGGGUGGGGCCGGCGGCGGCGGCGUCGUUGGCGGCAAUAGUAAGAGAGAGAAGGCGGCCGCGAAGAAAAAGGCGGCUGCCGAGAAGAAGGCAAAGAAGGAGGCCGACAGAGCCGAGGCAAAGAGGCGGGCCAGGCUCGGGGCUAAGGCGCUAGCGGAAGAGGUCCGACAGGCGAAGGAGGUUGCGAUGUUGAGGGAGGUAGAAGAAGAGAAACGGCAACGAACGCAGGUGCCGGUGAUCGCAGGACUCAGCAUCUCCGCGAUCGCGAGAGCAACUGCCUGCGCCUCGCCGAGCCCGCCCCCACAGCCCCUGAUCCCCUUCCCCAUAGAGAUCACCCGCACCUCCGUCCGCCUGGCUUGGGACGACCCACCCUUUCCGGGGGAGCCACCUUUCCUCUACGAGCUCGAGGCAAAGGGCGACCUCAGGGGCAACUCGACAUGGGCGUCGGUGUUUCCGCCCCGGUUCCCGUCGAUUUCAUCCCAGCCUGUUAACAUUUCCCACCGGGUGCCAGGCCUCGGACUGAGGUACAGGGUAAGGGCGUGCAACCACGGCGGGUGGGGUGCGGCCAGCGACCCUACAGAGGUGGUCACGACCAAGGCUUGGCUGGAGGACACGGGGGCGAACUCUGCUGCGCGCGCGAUGAAGUCCCUGGCGCGCGCUGGGGGGGCAAGGCUGGUUCUCGCAAGAAUGCGCCGCUACUCGGCCUCACUUCUCAAUCAAGAGAGCGGUUUCCACCAGCUGGUGGCGGAGUUCAACAAGGGGCUAGGCAUUCCGCGAGCCUCGCUGGCCGAGGAGGUGGCUGUCGUGGUCGCCGAUGCGAUGGAGGCGUUCUCACAGGUCCGAGGGAUUCAAGACUCUGGCCUCCUGCUCCUCGGAUGGGCUGCGAGGGGGAAAGGAGAAGCAGGGUCGGACGUUCUCUCGGCAGACCUGGUGGAGCGGUGUCUGGGUCUGGUCGCGACGGCGGAGAAGCUGCACUCGAUGGACGUUGCCAUCAAGGGCCACGCGAUCUGGGCCAGGUCCCACCUCCUCCGAUGGGGAGAGGGAAGGGGCGACGCGGGGGCCAUUGUGGAGUAUAGCGUGGCCAGCAGCGAGGACGACGUGUGGGCGGGUGCAUCAUCCUUGGCGGAACAAGAUGUGGGGAAGGGAUGA